GUUUAGGCUGUAUUCCGAAAGAAUAAGAAAUGCGGAGCGACCGCACGGCAAGCACCAAAUAAAGUUGAACUGCCACACUCAGCGCUGUUUAGCCAGAGUAUCAAUCAUGGCGGACUUCCUACUGCCCAUUCUUUCGUAUGAUGAUGAUGAAGAUAUCAUAGAAGCCCCGGCUUCAGCGUCACAAGAAUCUAGAAUCUCGUCAUCGCCGCAAGAGAAAGCCGCGGCUGAUGGCGCAGGCGGCGCUGGCUCAGCAAGCGAACGUGGAGGAGUUGCCGCUACGGACGCUGCAUCCUCACGGUCAGAGGUGUCGGAUCCUGGGCCGACGGCGGCUGCGCCUGGCAUCGCGUUGGCGCCCCGCACUAGCGCUGGGCCCGGCACGGCAGGGACAGUGGCGGCCGGCGCCCCCAAAGACUCUGGCCCACGUAGCUCAGGAGCCUCCGGCGCGUCAUCCGCUGCUGCCAGCAAGGGCGCAGGUCAGGGCCCGGUGCAGGCCGCGGCAGGAAAGGCAUCAGCAGCGGCGAUGGGCCCGGCGGCCACUGCGCCCAUCAAUGAGGACGAGCUCCCCGCGCCACCCGCCUCCGCCUCCACCACCUCCACCACCUCCUACAACUCCACCUCCAUUUCCACUUCCACCAGCAGCACAGCCCUGGCCACCACCUCUCUCGGCGCGGUCACCGCCGCCGAGCUCGCAGCAGCCGACGCCGCCUCCGCCAACGGCGAAGCCGCCGAUGACGACGCCGACGCCACCGACGCCGACGCCGAUGACGCCGCCGACCUGGACUUUGAGGCCCGGCGGCGGCGCGCCGUGUUCACGGCCAUGCUGCUGCUGCUGGAGCGCGGCGCGGCGGACGAGGCGGCGCUGGGGCGGCUGGUGGCGCCCAUGAGCGGCGCCGAGCUGCGGGGCGUGGCGGAGGAGCGCGUGCUGGCGGGCAAGUGCGGCAACCCGCUGUGCAGCCGGCCGCACCGCCUGCCCUCACGGCCCACACGAGGCGGCUGGGACCCCUCCUUCGACUUCGCCGCCGCGCCCUCCCCUGCCGCCGCCGCCGCCGCCUCCUCCGCUCCAAGUGGCGGCGGCGGCGGCAGUGGCGGCGGCGGCGGCAGCGGGCACUUCUGCUGCUCGGGCUGCGAGGCGCUGGUUGAGGGGUACGCGGACGCGCUGGGUGAGGACCCCCUGGAGCGGCUGAGGCCGGGGGCCAGGGUGCUCAUGGCGGCCAGCCACGCGCCGCGCAGGCCGGCGGGCAUGCGCGACGUGGCGGCCCAGGGCGGCGGCGUGGCGACCAUGAUGAACGCCGUGGUGGAGCGCGACCCGCGGCAGGCGGCGGCGGAGGCGGCGGCGGGAGGCAGAGCCCUGGACAGGCGGGCGGCGGCGGUGACCGUGGCGGCGGCGGUGGAGCCGGCGGAGGGGGCGGCGGACGAGGCCGGAGCGGUGGCAGCGGCGGCGGCGGCGGUGGCGGCGGCGGGCGCGGUGGAGGGCUAUGUGCCGCGGGCGCGGCGGGCGGGUGGCGCAGGGCCGCGGGCGGGGCCGCGCGGCGCCUCGCCUGCUGUGGUGCUGGAGGAGGGCGAUGAAGACGGGGACGAGGACGAGGAGGUGGGCGGGGGUGAGGGUGAGGGCCAGGACGGCGGCUCCAGGGGGCGGCGGCGGCUGUCGCUGCCGGCUGCGGCGGCGGCUCCGCCCCGGCCGGCGCUGAAGAAGGAGAGCAGCGCCAAGGUGGUGCUGGGGGCGGCCACUGCGGCGGCGGUGGCGGCGGCCACGGGGGAGGCGGUGGAGCGGCGGCGCGUCAGGUUCGGACCCAAGGUGGAGUUCUCAAUGCCGGCGGAGGCGAAGGCGUCACGCGGUGGCUCCUUCGCGGACAGGGCGGCGGCCGCGAGGGAGGCCGCCGCCGCUGCUGCGGCAUCCGCUGCCGCUGCCGCUGCUGCAGCCAGCGCGGACACUACCACAACCGCUGGCGCCCAUGGGACCGCGGCAGCUGCAGCCUCAGGCGCCACUACAGCCGCUGCAGCCGCUGCAGCCGCACCGCAGCAGCCGCUGCUGGUAUUUGACGUCGAGAACUCGGACGAAGAGGCGGGCGCUAGCGGCAACGGUGAGGCGGCAGCGGCGGCGGCGGCGUCGAGCCUGGGCCGGCAGCGGGGGCCGGCCAAAGGGCCGCGCGGCGUGCUGCGCGUGGCGGAGGCGGCGGAGGUGCUGAGGGACGCUGCAGAGGCAGACGCGGAAGCGGGUGCGGAGGAGGAGGAGAGGCCGUCAGGGAGAGCCGGCGGCAGCGGCAGUGCUGGCGACACGGCGGCGGCCGUGGGCCUGUCUGAUGCAGCCCUACCUGCAGCGGUGAACGAGGUGGCGCCACCGGGCAAGCCGCCUCGGGCGCUGCGCAUGUGGUUUCCGCCCGCCGCUGGGGGCGUCGGCGUCAGCAAGGGGGGCAAGCGCGGCGGCGCCAAAGGCGGCGGCAGUGGUGGUGCAGCGGCGUCCGCGCCGAUCCGGCCACCCGCCACCGCCGCUGCCGGCAUCGCCACCUCCACCUCCACCUCCACGACCGUGUCCACGCCAGCAGCGCCCGCUGCAGCCGCGGCCGCGGCCUCUGGCGCCGGCACCGCCGUCGGGGUCUGUGCACUGCCUGCUGACAAGCCGGCAGGGGCGGAAGCGGCACCGGCAUCGGUACUGCCCGUGACGACGGCGGUCACGCCAGCGCCCGCUAGCAGUGCAGCGGGGGCAGAUAGCGGCGCACGGGCUGCAGCACCGGCAGCAGCAACACCGUCCUUAGCACCAGCAGCAACGGCAGCAACGGCAGCAGCACCAGCCGCCGACGCCGCGGGCGGUGGGCGGCUGCGGAGGUUCCUGCCGCAGGCGCCGCCGCGCCGCAAGGUGGUUUACCUGGAGGCGGCAGUGGGGGCGCCGGCUGCGAGCAGCAGUGGGGCCAGCAGCAGCAGCAGCAGCAGCAGUGGCGGGGCAGUUGUAGGUGCUGUGGCGAGCUCAUCGGCACCUCCACGCCAGGCGCAGCAGCCGGCUGCUGCAUCACCACCACCAUCGCCAUCACCUUCAGCUGCCGCGCCCUCCCCCAACGCCGCCGCUUCCGGCGCCCCCAAGGCGCCUGGCGCCAUUGCGCCAGCAGCGCAGCCGCAGCCGCAGCCGCAGCCGCAGCGGCCCGGCGAGCCGGAGCUGCGGCCGGGGGAGCCCAGCGCGCCGCCGCGGGUGCACGUGAUCCGGGUGCCUAGCGGCAAGCGGCCCCAGGGCAGCGGCGUGCCCAUCCCGCCCGAGCAGCAGCCCUACUUCUCAGAUGAGGAGGACGAGGAGGAGGACGACGAUGAAGAUGGGGAGGGGGAGAAGCAGCGGCGCAGCCGCGAGGAGGAGUUCGUGCAUGAUGAUCGCGAUGCGGAUGAGAUGGCGGAUGAUUUGUAUUACGGCUCGCUGCGGGCGGUGGACGAGGAGGAGGACGAGCAGGCGGAGCUGGCGGCACGGGGCGGCGGCGGCAGCGGCAGCGACGGCAGUGAGGACGAGGGCGAGGGCGGGAAGGGCGGGAGGAGGGCGCGGAAGGCGUUGCCAGUGGCUGUCGCAGCGGGCGGGAGCUGUGAUCGGCCGUCCGGGGCGGCGGCGGGCGCAAAGCAGCCAGUGGCCCCGGGGCCGAAGGCGCGGGGGCAGCAGGCGCAGCAAGUGGUGGCGGCAGCGGCUGGGCCGAGCAAGGCCGGCUCCACGGGCGCGGCGGCAAAGGCAGGGACAGGGGCAGGGGCGGGGGCGGGAGCGCCGGGCAAGGCGGCGAGCCUUUGGAAGGAGAAGCGCGAGCAGCAGCGGCAGCAGGGGCUGCUGCAGCUGCAGCAACUGCAGCAAAUGACGGCGCCGGCAGCGGCAGCGGCCGCCAAGCUGCCGCAGCAGCAGCCACCGCGGCGCCAGGCUGCGGCGGCUGCCGCUGUCGCCCCCUCACCACCCGCCGCGGCGUCAGGGAGCAUCUCAGCCGGGCCAGCCAAGGGCGCUGCCAGCCAACAGGCGCCGCAGCAGGCGCGGCAGGCGCAAGCGGAGGAGCCCACAGCACAGCAGCAGUCAGAGCCGCGGGAUGCAACCAGCGCUACUGCCAGCGGCAAGGCAGUCGGAGAUGGCACUGCUACUGCCGCUGCUGCUACUACUGCCGCUGCUGCUACUGCCGCUGCUGCUGCCGUUGCUGCUACUGCUGCUGGCGAGGAGGUGGAUGAGCCGUGGCUGCUGCGUGACGACCUGGACAGCGGCGCCGACAGCGAGCUGGACGACACCGCCUCCAACGCCUCGUCAGCAGACGACUACAACUUCAAGGCCAUGCUGCCCUACUUCCGGCGCACCACCGCGCACUACGCCGCCGUGCUCAGCCCCUUCAACCAGGUGCAGAUGGCGCUGUGCGGCUGGACCAACGCGCGCACGGUGGCCUACGUGGUGGGCGUGGGGCUGGGGCCCAUGCAGGACCCAGGCCCGGCGCUGCCGGACUCGGCCUACGCCUACGACGACGCGGGCGACGGCGGGGGCGGCGACUCCGCGGCGCGGCAGCAGCGGGCCGUGCUGCUGCAGCUGCUGGCGGCGCCGCUGCGUGAGGUGUGCGGCGGGCUGGGCGUGCGCGUGGCCGCGUCCGACGUCGACCGCAAGCUCGCGGCGCUGGUGUCCACAUUCAGGCUGUCCGGGCCGGUGCCCUCCUUCAAGCCGGCCCAGUGGCAGCUGCUGGCGCUGGCGCUGCUGGCGGCUCUGUCGCGACACCACAUCCCCGCCCUGAGGACCAGCCUCCUCGCAGCAGCACCUCCCGCCACCGCGGCGGCGGGCGCGACUGCGGCUAGUGGCGCGGGCGCCGGCGACGCGGCGAGUGGCGAGGGGGCGGCGGCGGCGGCGCCGGCGGCGGCAGUUGGUGAGGGCGCAGGCGGGUGUGUGCCGCGGCUGCGCGCGGGUGCCUCCCUGCACGCCGCCAGCGCGCACCCGCGGCUGCUGGGGCUGCUGGAGCGGACGGGCUUUGACGUGCACUACUUGUCGGCCCUGGUGGACCUGAUCAGCUCGCCGGACUUCUAGACAGCAGGGGGGGGUGGCGGGGCAGGCGGGAGAGGAAGUUGUGGGGAUAGGAUGGGUUACAGAGUGUGGAGCAGGCAGGCAGGCGCAGACAGGCAGGCAGGCGCACGUUGACAGGUAGGGGCAGUGUUAAAGACGCCGUUUGUUGCGGCGCGGCGCGGGGCAAAUGCGAAAGGUGUUUUGAUGUGUGAGGACUUGGUUGUUGGACUAAAGAAAGCGAUGAAGCGGGAUUGUGUGACUAAUGGCCUGCUUGGUGCGGCGGUGCCGACACGUUGGAAACAAGUGUGUGGAGGCGCGAUCUAGGGUGGGUGGGGACGGGGCGGUGCGGGGCUGCCAACGAUGUGUUUUGCGUGAUUCCUCUGAAGCGAGCUCGGGACAUUUCUCUCCGGGGCCCUGCCUUGGCUGCUUUGCACAGUGCCGUACCGUAAUCUGCAGGAUGGCUGGGUGGCUGGUGGGCACACGACUGCCGGGCUGCGUACCGAAUGUGUGUCUGUGCUGGCAGGAUGCAUUUGCGUGGGGGUGGUUGGCGCAUCCUAGUACGCAACCGGAGUAAUCUCAACUGCUGUUGGUGGCUGUUGCGCAAGCAAUGUAGCGAUGUCGCACGGCACCCUCGCAAUCCGCAGGA